AAACCCGGGGCUUCUCUGGACUGUGACGGUUCAGUCCGGUCGGAUCCGCCGCUCCUGGCUUUGGCUCCCUCUCCCGCUGCUCGGCUACAUUGUAUCGGUUCCCACACGAAGCAGCAGCAUCGCUGGACGCGGAGGAACCGAGGAGCUAACCCGGAGGAGACGCUGCCUUCUGCGGGAUUAAUCGCCACAGGGUCGCCGCGGAGGACCGGAGUCAGCUCGGGCACCGAUAACGAUGUUCCCCCGGACCGGGUCGUCCCCUUCGGAGCGGACGCUGUCUCUUUAGUGUGAUGGCAGAAGUCCAGUGAGUCGCUGGCCUCUCCUCCUCCUCCUCAGCCGCCUCCUCCUCCUCCUCCUUCUUCUUCUCCUCUUGUGCUGGAUGUCUCGGGGAGUGCGCCGCUUUCCACCGCUCCACAUUUCUCCAGAGGGUUUAUUGUGAAUCCAGGCGGUUGUUUUCACGGCGCGCUCGCCGCCAUGGCCGGAGCGGGGGUUGGGAUAGGAGUGGUUAGCUAAGUGGGGAAUAUGUGUUUAAAUGGGACAGCAACGAGCAGACCGUGAGGAUUCUCUAACCCUUGCCCCGGAGUCCCAACCGUCUGAGAGGGUGUCGGACCUCACUGAGGAAAUCCUGGGCCGUUGGCACUAAAAUGUCCCUAAGUGGUGGCACUGCAGGCGGGAAAGGUGUGGACUCUAAUGCGGUGGACACUUACGACAGCGGGGAUGAGUGGGAUAUAGGUGUUGGAAAUCUGAUUAUUGACCUUGACGCUGACUUAGAGAAAGACAAACUUGAGAUGUCUGGUACCAAGGACGGAAUGGCGGCACCACCCAGUGCAGUGGCAGCGUUGCCUGACAACAUCAGGUUUGUUAGUCCAGUGUCUGGCUCUCAAGGCAAGGAAAGCAAAUCCAAAUACAAGCGCAGUAAGAACUCUAAAGACAAUAGUAACAAAGCUUCAGCUGGAGACGGGGGUAAAAAAGAAACUGCAGGACGGACUCAGGGGGAGCCGACAGUUACAGCAGCGAAUGCAGGAGCUGCUGGCGGUAAUUCCACCUCUGGGAGGAACAUGGAAAAAGGGGGCAAAGCCUCCCGAGGUGUUCUGAGUGGUAAAAAAGAUAAAGAAGGGGCUGGUGGGAAAAGUAAGAAGGACAAAACAGAUGGAGCACCAGUCGUAGCAAUAGCUGCUGCAGAGAAGGAUGUUGUGUCUCAAGCCCAAGUUGCUUUGGGGAAUAGUCGUAAUACGUCCUUUGAGAACACACAAUCAACAGACUUGGCUGAAGCCAAUCAAAUGGGGAAUAUUGCACUUGAACAAGUUGGGAUAGUACCAGCAUUGACCGCAAAAACUGAACCGGAGGAGGUGGAAAAUGGUAAUAGUGAAUGCAAGAUGUUAAAGAAGGUGAAAAACGAAAAGAUGGAAUCUCCUGUCUCCACGCCAGCCCCUCCCCCCCUCCACCUCCUGGCCGCGGUAGGCAACAGUGAGAUUUCCUCGCCGUGUGAGCAGAUAAUGGUGCGAACACGCUCAGUGGCAGUGAACACAUCCGAUGUGGCCCUGGCUACAGAACCUGAGUGCUUGGGGCCCUGCGAGCCUGGUACCAGUGUCAAUCUUGAAGGCAUUGUGUGGCAGGAAACUGAGGACGGCAUGCUGGUGGUCAAUGUUACUUGGAGAAACAAGACAUAUGUGGGAACCCUGUUGGACUGCACUCGCCAUGACUGGGCUCCCCCCAGGUUUUGUGAAUCCCCGACAAGUGAUCUGGAGAUGAGGAAUGGCCGUGGUCGAGGCAAGCGCAUGAGACCGAAUAGCAACACCCCUAUCAAUGAGAACAGCAAUUCAUCAGACAACAAGGGCACCACCAACAACAAGACACGUGCUGCAGCGAACAGCAAGGGCCGAAGGGGCAGCCAGACACCAUCAGAGCGCCGCACUCCACCCAACAGUAACACAGAAGACAUCAAGGCCAGUCCCUCCUCAGCUGGGAAACGCAAGACCAAACCAGCCUCAGACAUGGAGCCGAAUUCUAGCUCAGAGGACACCAAAGGUAACAAACGGAUGCGGACAAACUCAAACAGUGGAGGGGUGGGACCAACAGGUCUGCCUAUCUCUUCCAUUAAGACUGAGCCACUUCCACCUCCCCUCGAUCGCAGCUGCCCUUCUCCAGUUCUUAUUGAUUGUCCACAUCCUAACUGCAACAAGAAGUACAAGCACAUCAAUGGUCUCAAGUACCACCAAGCCCGUGCCCACAAUGAUGAUGACAUAAAGUUGGAGUUAGAUGGAGACAGUGAAUAUGGAGAGGAUUCAACUCUCCACCCUGAACCAGGAAAUUGUAAUGGAGCAUCCAUCUCUCAGAAAGGAUCCUUGUCUCCAGCACGUUCAGUUACUCCAAAAGGCAGGAACUUUGAGGCUCAGAGUCCUUCCCCAUCUCCUGGCAAGUUUGGUUCAAAGCAGAGUAAAAAGAAAAUUGCUGAGAUGGAUCCAGAAACAGGAGGUACACCGAUGGACGGAUGUGAGGAUGGGCCAUGCCUCACUGAUGAGGCAAGUAAUGAUGGUAUAGAUGAUAAGAGAGGAUCAGAGAAGUCAAAAAAGGGUAGUGCAAGCCUCAAAGCUGAUAAAAUGGCCCAGAAAAAUAUGAAAUCACCACGGCCCAUUGGCCCUGCAUCUGCAGCAUCCCAGCAGAUGUACUCUUUUCCUCCUGGAAACCCAAAUUCUUCCCCAGGGCUUACCCCAAUGAUACAAGGUAUUCCCAAGAGUCCCCAAAUGAAAGGGACACAGCCUAAACCCCCUGCCAUUGUAGACCCUGCCUCAAGUAGCUCCAAAGACAAGAAGAAGAAAGACAAGAAGAAAAAGGACGGUGGGAAGGAAGCUGACAGCCCCAAGCCUUCGGGAAAGGGUGGAAAACUAGAGGAAGGUAAGCUUCCAUAUACUGAGCCUCCAGAUCAAGGAAUUAAGGGGGAUGGACUCCUCAAUGGUUCCUCAGAUCCUCAUCAGAGUCGCUUGGCCAGUAUGAAGGCUGAGGCUGACAAGAUAUACAGCUUUUCAGACAAUGCCCCUAGCCCAUCUAUUGGUGUAGCCAGUCGGAUAGAUGGUAGUGGGAUGCCGCAGCCUCUCACGCCACUUCAUGCGGUAAACCAAAAUGGUGCUGACAAUUCAUCAGUCAAAACUAAUAGCCCAGCAUAUUCUGACAUUUCAGAUGCUGGAGAAGAUGGUGAAGGGAAACUCGAAGGUGGUGUCAAAGUGAGGACGGAGGACCAAGCCAUCAGGGAAAGUGUGAAAAAAGCACUUUUUUCAAAUCCGACACCCAACAAAGAAUCCCCGUACUAUGCCGGCUAUGAUGCAUAUUACUCACCUAAUUAUGUCAACCCCAGUGUCAGUGGGCCCAAUCCAGGCACCCCAGUGGUUGAAGGUCAGAUUAAGAUCAAAAGAGAAGAAGACCAGGACCAAGGUGAGGAAAAAGUCAAGAUUGAGAUUCAUGAAGAUCGCAAACCUGACAUCGGUGCUCCUGGCCAGCAGCAGCAACAACAGCAACAACAACAGCAGCAGCAGCAACAGCAGCAACAACAGCAACAACAACAGCAACAACAACAACAACAGCAGCAGCAGCAGCAGCAGCAACAGCAGCAGCAGCAACAGCAACCAUCAGUCAUUCAACAGCGAUCCAACAUGUACAUGCAGCCUCUUUACUACAACCAGUAUGCUUAUGUCCCCCCAUAUGCAUAUCAUCCUGAUCAGGCCUACCAUAACCACUUGAUGAACACCAACCCAGCCUAUCGGCAACAGUACGAGGAGCGUCAAAGACAGAUGGCUGAACAGCAUCGUGCUGCUGAGAAGAAGUCAGAUGUCGCCAUAAAAGAACGGGAAGCCUCCAUGAAGGAGGAGUGGAAACAAAAGAGCCCCAUGCCCCCAAGCCUCUCCAAAGCCCCAAGUCAGUCAGACCUUGGAAAGACACCACAACCCCCAGGAAAAUUGAGGGACUCGCCUUCUGAGCUCUCCUCCAAAUCCAUUGGAAGCAUAAAGGUGGAGGACACGAAGUCCCAGCAAGCUGAGGGGCUGAAGAUGAAGCUGACUGAAGGGGGUCACCAUGGAAAGGAAGACUCCAAGCAAACACUUGAGUCCAGAGGUCAGGCAGGGAUGGAGCAGACCAUAUGGUACAGACAGCAAUUCCCAGAAAGCCAGAAGCCACAAGCAGAAGACGAACACCAGCAACCUCGAUGGAAAGACGAAAGGGACAGAGAACGGGAACGGGAUCGUAAAUUAAAGGAUGACAGGCCUAGGCCCAAGGACAGUCAAAGUGUGCCCAAGGAGGACAGCAAAGAAAGUAGCGAUCCCAGAAUCACUUCUGAGGACCACCGGGUUAUGAGCAAAGACUCUCGUUCCAAUCCCCACAUGCAGUUUUCAUCACCACUAGCGCAACACCAAGGAUACAUGCCCUACAUGCAUGGAUAUCACUAUGGACAAGGCUAUGACCCCAACCACCCUGGAUACAGGGGCAUGCCCUCAGUUAUGAUGCAGAAUUACCCAGGUUCGUAUCUACCUGGAGGUUAUCCAUUUUCUCCGUAUGGAAGUAAAAUUAGCGGAGGUGAGGAGGGCGGCGACAAAUCUCGUGCUAGCCCUACUGUCACCAAAACGGCAACAGACUCCAAAGCCCUGGAUAUCCUGCAUCAGCACGCCAGCCAGUACAAGAGCAAAUCCCCCACAGUAGGCGACAAGCCGCCGCACGACAGGGAGCGAGAGCAGGACAGAGGAGCGGCUGGAGACCGAGAUCGGGAAAGGGAGAGGGAGAGGGAACGGGAAAGAGACGUAGAUCGGCCGCGCUCCUCGCCCUCCCAGCGCAUCAUGCCCUCUCAUCACCACCUGGGAUACCCUCUGCUCUCAGGGCAAUAUGACCUGUCCUAUGCCACAGGGAAACCCGACCGUCACACCUCAACCCUGCAAAGAUUCAUGUGACUGGCUCACAUGAGAAGAAGAUCUCCUGGGUGUUACCUUUUAGACAUCAGUUGAAUGGUGUUUCUAUCUAUAUUUUUAUUUCUUCUGCUGAAAAGGACAGGCAGAUGAUUUUUUUUUUCUUUCCUCCCCUCGUAAAUGACCCUCAAAUUCUCUCUAAACCUUGGACUGUAACAGGACUGAUAUUAACCCAGGUUCAAAGCCAUCGCUCUGCCCCAUCACGCAGAGGAAACACCAACCCGCUGAUUAUCUAGUCUUUGCACUGUCAACAAAUACAAUGCAAAAAGAGACUAUUGGACUGCCAGAACAGCUUUUAUUGUUGUUGUUUUAUUUUCCUUUUUGACUGCAUUGUUCUUUUGUCGCACGCAGAAAGAAAUUGGCAGUGAUUCUGGGGAGUUGGGUGGCUGAUGGGAAAGAGGAGUCAAACUAAAUUAAAGACUGAAUCAUAUUAAAAAUGAUUUCAACUCAUUGUCUUUCUCGUACGCCGUGAAACAACAGUAUAUCCUUAACUUGACAAAUGUUUGGCUAUAUUUUUUGGGGGGGAGAUGGAAUAUGGCAACAGCUGCUUCCUUCAGAGACUUUAGAGCCUGAGACUGAAGUUUUUAUUUUCCAUCGUCAUUGUUAAUUCCCAUCCACUUUGAACCCUCCGUUCUUGUUUCAGGGAUGAUGUCGUCAUGUUUUGCGAAGGGACCGCACACACCUCAAUGGAGAAUAAACACUACUCAUGUUUUCUUUUCUCAGAAAUAUUUUAGUUUCCAUAUCAUUGUGUUCAUCUUUUGAAUGUGUCUGAUGCUGGUGGUCGUCCUGAUUUUCCUCUCGAUCAAUCGGUCACGUCCAUCUUUUAAACUCGCUCACACGGUGAAGCCACAUUAGCAAGCGACGAGUUCACAGGGCAUUGUCUUCACGUUGGGCCACUUGUUGGGGUUUUUUUUUUUUUUUUUACCGUAGCUUCAUUCAGCUCAUCGGGUUUGAUUAUUAUCUGUGAACAAUGUGAAAUUUCAUUCAACGCAUGUAUUCCUCUGCUGUAAAAUAGACUUUUCUCCUAUGUGCAUAUGUGUUUAUACGUAUCCCAGCAUGCAACUGUUUAAAAACUCUCACUGUUAAAGAAAACAUUUUCACAGCGUUUAGCAUUUUGUGCUCAGAUCAAACCGUAGCUUUUGUUAUGUCCCUGCAGAUUUUCUUUUUUAAUUGUGGUCAUUUAAGCACAUCAUCGGGAAUUUUCCAUUUAUGUUAACACGCAGGGAGCGAUUCCACCGUUUCCGACCUGACCAGGUCCACAUCUCUCAAUAAUAUUUAAACUGACAACUCUGUCAGAUUAAGAGAAAACAAAAUGGUGAAUCAGCCGCUGUCGGAAGACAAACCUUUCUCUUGGUGCUUCGCUUGCUUUUGUGACUUCACCACAACACACAUUCAACCCAGACAGUCGUUAGCGUGGUUUUCUCGCUGGCGGCUAGCGUUUGGUUCAGCCCAAAAACUGGGUCAGUGAGUCUGAUCAGCCAGACACCAGUUUUCUUUGUGUGGUUGCUGCCUGUGCUGUGCGCUCCAUUACUGGCACGUUAAACAAAAAGUGCAUGAAAUUACCCCUGAAACCUCUUUCUGCUGUUACGACCGCAGAGCAAACACGAACCGAUCCGACACAGACAAUGAACUUCAUUAAAAAGGAAUAGCCGGUGAAAAGCUGAGAGCGAACCCGAUCUCUCUCUCUCUCUCUCUCUCUCUCACACACACACACACACACACACACGACUGAAGUCGGAAGGCUCAAAGUUGCAUCUGAAAAGAAGCUUGUUGCUCGAGGCUUUGCGUUGGAUCUCAAACUGGUGGUGCUACUCUGUAAAAUUAAACCCAGUCUGGUUUAGUUGAAAUCUACUGAAAGAGCGACUGUCAGCACGGCCUGUCCCACCAGAGGUCCCCCCCUCGGCUUUGAAUUACACAUCUCACGUACCUCAGGGGUUGUAAGUGAAAUUCUAUCCGUGUGCUUUUUGCAUUGAUUUUGAGAGCGCUCCUGUUUGUGGGUGUGAGAACGGCACAUUUUCUGCUUUGAGCCGGUUCAUUCAGAAACUGGUUCAGGUCAGAGAGUGAAGGUUUGAUGCCAAACUGUGCUGUUGUGGGUUGUGAACGUUCCUCUAAAGCAUAACAAUGAGAGUCAUUAAAUAAAGUUUUAUUGAUUGUAUUGGUUUUACAAUCACGUUUAAUCUCCCCUCCCACCAUGUUGUAGUUUAUUUUUUCCAUUUAACACAGUGAUGGAGUCUUCACGCCACCGGUUGAUCUCAUGUCUUAGACCCUCUGGACCUUUGUCGAGACAUUUCUCACCAGCACCAAACUGCAGUGCUUUGUUUUUGAGGUUUCUUGGACAUUCCGAGUAAAUCAGACACCAGUCUCUCGUCCCGCGGAUUCUUCGCAGAGGGUUUUUAUCUUUUUUUGCGCAUUUUAAAGAAGAAUGGCUGACACGAAUAAGCUGAAUGUGGUGGUGUUUGAUUUGUACUUAAUCUGUGAGGGUAAUCUAGGCAGCUGUGAUGUUGUCUUUAAAGUCGAUGGGUUUUAGUACCAGCUGACUGCAUUCAUAUAGAUUUAUCAGACAAUGGUUGUGACAAGUGCAUUUGUUCUCUCGCUGAGAGUAGUCAUGUUAUCUCGGUAGUAAGCGAAGCCCAGUGAAAAAUCAUAUAUUACUAAAAGUGUAUGAAAAGCCAGAAAAGUAAUGUUUGCUAUCAACAUAUUGGAAAGUGCUUGGCUCUUGUAUUUUGCAGGACUGUAUUUGUUUCAUGGUGAAGAGUAUAUUUAUUGGCCAGCAGUUGUCUCAAUUGGUGCCUAGUUGAACCUUCUUCUGUGAAAACACAGAGACACUUGCUUGUUUGUCCUUUUUCUGAUCCACCUACCGUCACACAAACCUCCCUCACCCUCCUCCUCCUCCUCCUCCUCCUCCCUACAGUACCUCCACUGGUACUCGCAAGGAUGUUUACAAUGUCUUCAUUUUCUUUCUGUGUGAGAAAUUCAGAACUCUCCCCUCUUUCUCCUCCUUUCUCCCUCCCGUCAGGAGUUUGUGUAAAGUGUACAUUACCAUGGUUCUUUUUUAUACAAUACUCUGUAACUUGCCUUUGUAAAUUUGGGCUGGAAAAAAUAAAUCUUUUUAUGAGACUA